GAUAUGCCUUAGAAGAAAAAAACAAAAUACACAGAGAAAGAGUUAGGUUGAUCUGAAAAAAAUGGAUAUGCAGUCGCAGAUGACACGUCCUUAUGGUCAUGAUCAAGCAGAGGAUCCAAUCAGAAUUCAUCAUCCAGAGGAAGAAGAGAAUCAUGAGAAGGGAGCAACUAAAGUGUUGAAGAAAGUGAAAGAAAAGGCUAAGAAGAUCAAGAACAGUCUCACUAAACAUGGUCAUGAGCACGAUCAAGAUGCGGACGAAGAAGAUGACUACGAAUACGACGAGCCAGAUCCAGAAGUGCACGGCGCACCAGUGUAUGAGUCAUUCGCCGUAAGAGGCGGCGUAACGGGACACCCUGAGUCUCUUUCUCAUCCCGGAGAAACUAAUCUUCCGGCACCGGAAGAGAUUAUUCCACCGGGGACAAAGGUGUUCCCCGUCGUCACAACAGAUUACACCAAACCCGUCGAACCUGAGCCGUUACAAGAUAUCUCUUACGGACACGAGGCACCGUUUCAUCCCGUAACGGAUGUACCAUCUCAUCCUCCCAGAGUGUUCGACGUGUCGGAGAGAGAAGAGAGCAGAGAGGAUCAUCAGAUGCCGAUGCACGCUCCUCCUCCUGCCUCUCUGCUUUCAUCAACAGAGGAUGUGACGAGGACGUUUGCUCCCGGUGACGAUGAGGACCUCGGCGGUCAACGGAGAGUCAACAUUGGAAGGCCUAGAGGGUUGGAGGAAGAUCCGGCUGCUCCAGGGGGAGGGUCGAGUUAUCUUAGUGGUGUGUCUAAUUAUCAGACCAAGGUUACUGAUCCAACUCAUGGAGGAGGUGGAGAAGCUGGAGUACCGGCGAUUGUUGAGUCUCUGGGUAAGAUGAAAGUGAGAGAUGAGUCUCCUGUUCAUAAAUCAGGAAGAGACUUUGAAAGAGAGAUUCCGACAAGAAGCCAUGAGUUUGGUCGGGAGGACGAUUCUGGAACGGACAAGAACUCGCAGACGGUUUUGACCAGCGGAUCAAUAGCUGGGCUUGGGGAAGAGUUUCCGGCGAGAAGUCAUGAGUCUGGUGUGAAGGAUACGGCGAAGGGAAGCGAGGAGACGGGACCUGGACUGGAGAAACAUCUGCCGACGAGAAGUGACGAUGUGAAAGUGGAGAAUGUGUUGGGAAGAGACUACUUACCGACGGGGACUCACGAUCAGUUCUCGCCGGAGCUCUCUCGUCCGAAAGAGAGAGAUGAAUUCAAGGAGACGCACGAGUUUAAACCCACUUCCUACACAGAGAAGAUAGGUUCAGCGACGUCGUAUGUAACCGACAAAGCUGUAGCGGCCAAGAACGCUGUCGCGUCGAAGCUCGGCUACUCCGGAGAAAGCGGUGGGCAAGAGCAGAGCCGUGUUGGACUUGGAGAUGAAACAACUCCGAGAUCUGCCACGGGAUACGGGCAGAAAGUGGCGGGAACUGUAACGGAGAAGUUGACUCCGGUCUACGGAAAGGUCAAAGAGACGGGAUCCAGCGUGAUGACGAAGUUACCGCUUUCGGGAAGUGGAAGUGGAGCGGAAGAGAAGCAGCACGUGGGAGAAAAAGGUGUGUCGACUAGAGAUUACUUGGCGGAGAAGCUGAGACCUGGAGAAGAAGAUAAAGCCUUGUCGGAGGUGAUUGCUGAGAAACUUCAUCUCGGAGGAGGAGAUAAGAAGAGGACAAUGGUAAAGGAAAUGGAAGUGACGGUGGAGAAGAUCCCUACCGACCAGUUAUUAGAUGAAAAAGAAAAAUGUGUGUCGGUUAAAGGAGGGGUCACUUCUUGGUUCCAUGGUACAACAGAGGAAGUGAAGCCGAAAACUUCAGAUUCCGUGGACGACAAGUCUGCACAGUCUCUUGGCUCCACCGUUGGGACUACGGGGUUUUCGGAUUCUGGUGGAGCUCUGCCGGGGCAGAGGGGACUUUAAGAUUCUGGGAACUAAGAUUUUAUGUUUUGCUUUUGAAUGUCUAAUGUAUGUUUCUUGUUUGAUACCCUCCUUUGUCUGUUGUGGUUUUAAUGUAUUUUGAUGUGAUCCUUGUCUGUGUAAAAUAAAAUAUUUGCU